AUGUAUACUUUUGCCGAUAUAAGAGACGGUGCCAGUAGCAUGCAAGACCUAGGUGGAGGUCUAGAAUUAUGGCGCGGAUACUUCCGCACUCCGCCGCGGAGUCCAAAAAUAGCAUAUAUCAGUCUCAUCUCAGACGAUCAUCUGCGAAACAUAUUUGCAGGAGAGAGUUUCAAUGAACGGCUUGCCAAACGUUUCACACUGAGGCUAAGUAUAAAUUUCGCAGUCAGCGACACCCAAGCCGACGGUACCAGAAUGGUCAAGCGAUCAACUGAAGUGGUUAGAGGACCAGAUGGCCCUAUACCUCAGUCCGAGGUCCUCACCACUGAGCAACAACACUCCCUUUUUCAGGCGGAAGAACAGCGCAAACUCCGCAUUAAAGCUGGUUUCGAACAAAAGAAGACCAACUCUAUGAUGGCCAGAUGGUCUUGCGUUUUUGAGGAGCCGUUCGAGGAAGCGUUCAACCGUACUUUGAACGUUCAACCGUAG